AUGAACAUUGCUGCAUUACACCCCAACACCCCUAUCAAUAUUGAUGCAUUACACACUGAAUUGCUGGCGCACCCUAAUCCUGCAUUUGUUCAUUCUCUAAUUAGCAAUUUACGUGUCGGCUGUCGUAUUGGGUUCACCGGACCCCGUGAUGUGUCCGUACGCAGCCCGAACUUGUCUUCAGCGGCAGCACACCCCGAGGUCGUCGACCAGUACCUGGCCACGGAAUGCAGUCGCGGCCACACCGCUGGCCCCUUCAACGCGCCGCCAUUCGUCCAUCUGCGCACCUCUGGCGUAGGUGUGGUCCCCAAGAAGUCGGGCGGCCACCGGCUCAUCAUGCACCUGUCCGGCCCCGAUGGGAACAGCGUCAAUUCGUUCAUUGACAAGCAGGCCUAUCGUUUCUCCCUAAUUACGAUUGACACGAUAGCAGACCACGUGCGCAGGACGGGCCCCGGAGCCCUCCUGUCAAAGGUGGACUUGAAGCACGCUUUCCGACUCUGCCCCGUGCACCCUGACGACUGGCCGCUCCUCGGCAUGUUAUGGAAGGAAUGGAUCCUCCGUAAUAACUACAGUAUCCCUGCACUGGAGCACUAUUUGGAUGACUUCGUAUCAGUGUCUCCAGCAGCCGAGUCUGUCACGUCCUCUGCGGCCGCGACCCACAAAGCCACUAUUCUGCAGGUCUUCGCAAAACUGGGUGUCCCAACAGCAGACGGCCCGGACAAAGUUGUUGGCCCCGCCACCUGCCUCACAGUGCUUGGCAUCGACAUUGAUUCAGCGGCAGGGGAGCUGCGGCUCCCAGCCGAGAAGCUCCGUACAUUGCGGCAACUCCUAGCAGCCUGGGCCACCCGGCCAUCAGCGUCCAAACACGAACUCCAGUCCCUCGUUGGCCACCUGGCGUUCGCCGCCAAGGUCGUGCCAGCCGGUCGUACGUUCACUCGCCGCCUCAUCGACCUGUGUUCCUCAGUCACCAGCCCUGCCGCGGCCGUCCGCCUCACCAGCGAGGCUCUCGCCGACAUCAAAUGGUGGCAGGAUUUCCUCCCACUAUGGAACGGAAAGGCCCUCCUACGCGACCCCGUAUGGUCAAAGUCCCCGGACCUGGAAUUGUUCACCGACGCGUCUGGCAGCGGUUUCGGCGGCUUUUACCAGGGUCGUUGGUUCGCGGGCACAUGGUCAGCUGCGCAGCAGGCCCCACCGUACACGUCCAUAAUGUGGAGAGAGAUGUGGCCCAUCGCCAUUGCCUGCCAACUCUGGGGCCCCCACUGGGCACAGAAGAAGAUCCUCCUGCACUGCGAUAAUUCAGCAGUGUGCACCGCCUGGGAGUCCGGCACAUGCCGACACGCCGGGGUCAUGGCACUGAUACGCAGCACCAUGCAACUCACCGCUCGCCACAACUUCUGCCUGCUCGUCCGUCACAUCGCCGGCGUCGACAACAGCAUCGCAGACGCACUCUCCCGGGCCCAGUUCCAGCGCUUCCGCCGUCUGGUUCCCGACGCGGAGACUGCCCCAUCGUCACUCGCCAGUGCCCAGUCCGACAACAGAUAG